AUGCCUAUUUUUCAUGAUCCCCAUGGAAGCCCGCCGAGGCGGUCGUCCUCUCAUCAGGCAUCGUCCGCCAGGCUUCAAAGAGCAGGAACCUCAGAGACUAACUUUGAGAGGCCGUUGGUAGACGCCUUGCAAACAGGGGAAGUUGUAGGAUCAAAUCUGUCUUUCGAAAUGAACUCCGAGUCACCUAGCCAAGGACGCAAACCAUCCAUGUUCGACCGAAUGGAGCUGAUAGAGAGGCUUAAGAGAUCAAAUAGUCCUCUGUGGCAGCAGCGGCAGGGUAACGGCACUCGACCAGACCAAAGUCCUGGAAGCCGACCUAUCUCUCGAGAACGGCCCAAGACCCCUCUUCUUUCCUCCGCUGAAGCGAAACCUUCACGCACUUCCACUCCCGAACCUCUACGAGACCUUGCAGCGGCAGGCUUAGAGAUCGAACGACCACGAUCAGCCCUACACUCUGGGGACUUUAGAGAGGAGAAAGAGAGUGCAGCAUCUGAUAGUGGCCCUUCAUCGCGCUUCCUGGCAACGUCACCCGUAGCGCCAUGGAACCGCUCAUUUCCAGCCACUGCCUAUCCGUUACAUCAAGAGGAGCCAUCGUACUCGUUCCACGAUACGCUCAAUAACGAUGCGCGUCCCAUAUCUCGAGCACGGGCGAUAUCGCAUUCAUCACUUAGCUCGUUUGCGUUUCUACCUCCCACAAGCCCGCUCGUCCAGCAGGCAAACAACACUGAUUUGGACUUUUCCUCAAGACCAAGCUCUCGACAAGGUUCCAGAAGUCCAGAAAGAACCAAUCGGCGGCAUACGUACUCUCCCAUGUCUUUCCAUGGCUACCAGCCGACUUCAAUAUCUCGCUCGGCUUCGGGUACCCCAGCUGCACGUCACCUACGACAUGGAGGCUCAAUUCCCUACCAAGCCCACCAGCCUAGGCGAGUAUCUACAUUCAAUCAGGCUCAGCCUCAAUCUAAUCCAUCAACCCCGUUCCUAAAUUCACGACGGCCAUCCUUCUCCUCGGAAGCAUCGCCUCUUCACCACGCACCCAUGGUGGGCUCAUAUGAAGAGUCAAUAUUACGGGGGCGGAUGUCGACUACACCAUCUCGGCCGUUGAACUUUGUUGCCAAAAUCGGCGUGCUUGGGAGAGGACAGUGCAAGUCGAGCCUCAAGUGUCCUCCUCAUGUGGCGGUGCCCUUUCCUGCGGUAUUCUACAGCUAUAACACUGGCAAUGGCAGGAUUUCCGAUAACGAGCCAAGUCCAUAUGUCGGACUCAUAGAUUUGGAAAACUCUUUGCCUGCACCUGAAGAGAGCACCGAGCCUAGCAAACGCAAGCGACGGCACACUGUACCGCCACCAGAGCAGGAUGCCCUUGACUUCCGGAUACACCACGGGGAAGAGGGAACCGAUCGAGACGCAAAGGAAGAUCUUCGUCGAAAGGAGAAGAGGAAACGGCGGUCCGCCUCUCCCAAAGCGCCUCCUGGAGGAUCAUAUCGUAUCCCGCCCCAAGGACAGCUGCAGAUCGUGCUGAAGAACCCAAAUAAAACCGCAGUGAAACUCUUCCUAGUUCCCUACGACUUGUCAGAUAUGGAACCAGGCCAGAAAACCUUCAUAAGGCAGCGCAGUUACUCCGCUGGCCCCAUUAUCGACAUGCCAGCAUCUACACGAAAGAAUCUUGGUACAGAUCGACCCGAAGCUGCUCUAAGCAAUUCGGACGACCCUAACGAUCGUCCAAUACUGCGUUAUCUGGUCCACCUGCAUAUUUGUUCGCCUUCGAAGGGUCGAUACUACCUCUAUAAAAGCAUUCGCGUUGUCUUCGCCAAUCGAGUGCCAGAUGGGAAAGAGAAGCUAAGGAAUGAGAUUCAGCUGCCGGAGCCAAGAUACAGCGCGUACAAACCAACGCGCGAUUCAAUCGCAUCACAGAACAUAUCCUCAACGGGAACCCAUCUUACCGCCGAGAAGACGUUUCGCCGUCGAAGUGCAGCAUGGCCUCUGUCCCAAUCUCAGCAAACAUACGACCAGGUCGAUGGCUUACGACAAUACCCCGAGUUGCCUCCUCCAGCUGUUACAUUUACUGGGGGCCCACUCAGCUCAUCAGCAUCCAGUGGCUUCAGCUCAUUUAUGCCUGAUCUGCAACCUAUACCUUUCAGCCUCACUCGACUGGCUGCCAUUGAGUCGCGCCCCGGUUCCCGCGACCAUAUGGACAUUGACUCGACGAGCCCCUUCAGAACGCCUGUUGCGUCACCGAAGUCUAGCGAAAUGUAUCUAGACGGCCAGGGAGAGGGCACAUUUGAAAAGCUCAGCAAAGGCGACGUCGGCUACGGAGGAAGUGCCUUCUCUCCUAUCGGCAGCCCAAACGCCCAGCCUAGCGCAGGACUUCUGUCGCAGAGGCUGCGAGGACUAGAUGUGCAGCGCGAUACAGAAACGGGCCAGUGA